UGUGUUGACUGCUGUAGUGAGUAUACAACAGGAGUUAUUGAGUGAUUGACGAUGACAGUGCUCCUAUCAGGAUUUUGCAUUGCCAUUAGCCUCAGCUAUUUCAGUCAGGUUUUUGUGGAUGAAGUAGGCGCUGAUCGCCUGAAGCAGUGGCACCCUGAUGGGACAUCUAGAUGGCUACCCUUGGAUUCUCGUCGUAUCCAAGUACGUUCGACACGUACAGGUGGGAGAUAUCUGGCGGUAGCUUGUAGCAACAGAAUUACAGGACAAUCUCACUGUGACUCACAAUAUUCCUUCACUGAAGUUGAUGCAAGCAAGGCUUACGAAUUUAGCAUCUACAGCAAAUCAACGAAAUCCAACAUGAAACCACACUUUUGCAUUACUGUUUACAACAAGACCAACCACACAAUAGCUGAUGACUGGAUUGGAGUAAAGUUUUAUGGUAGUAAACAUCAUCAAAGUAUAUGGAGAAAAUGGACAGCCUACAUCAUCCCUCAUGACAUCACCAAUAGAUCAAACCUCCUUUGUCAGUCUUGUCAGGGAAAUGGAGUAAAUUGGAUUUGGCCAAACAAUGCCACUUCUGUUCGUCUACAACUUGCAAAUUGCUAUAUUGAACCCAGAAACGACUCUGUUGAUGAUGAGGAGCAGAAGAAGUCGAGACAUAAAAUUUUUGAUAUAGCUGACCCACGAAGUUGGUUGUCUAAACCACCAUACUGUGGAAUAGCAUUUGUAUACAGACGACACACUUCUAUAGCAAAGACUGUGGAGCAAGGUACUGGAUGUUAUUAUCCGUGGGGCGUGACAUCUUAUCAUGAGAUUGAUCCAGGAAAGACAUAUGAACUCAGCAUCUGGAUCCUAAGUACAGGAAAUGAUCUUAGCAACUUUUUUGGCUUUCGAGCAUUUGACAAAGAGUUCAAACGUCUCUCUGUCAUCUCUGACAAUGAGUACAGUCAUAAUGUCACCAAUCCUUAUUUCAAGAGAUCUAAGAAUGAUGCAACAACUUGGACAAGGUGGAAUGGAUUUGCAGGAUCUUGUAGUCCUGAAGGUACACGCAAAGAGUUUCUCUCUUACUUUAGUAAAGGAGUAAACUGGGAAUGGCCACUUGAUUGCAAGUAUAUCCAGUUGACAUUUGGCACUUGCUAUGGAGAUGGAGACAAUCAAGGAAAGACUUACUUUGCUCGUCCACAAGUGACAGAGUACGAUACUACUAUUCACUGGUGACAGUGUGGUAACAUCCACACAAUAUUGAAGUUUAGUCUUAUGUGCUUUUGUUUUGUGGAGUAACAGUCGGCUUUCUAGCCUUAUGGUAGCCUGUUACAUUUAUUGUUCAAUGUCAAUUAUAUAUCAACUGUAGUAGUUAUAAUGGCUUAGUUUUUGUGUUUGUGU